UCCCCGGACCCAGGAAAGAGAGAGAGAGAGAGCGACAGAUUCAAAUCCAUCAAGGUAUAUUCUCUCUCUCUCCCUCCCUCCCUCCCUCCUCGGCAAUGUUAAAUUUGUACUCCAUGUUCAAUUACUAAUGCAUUGCUUAUACCCUAAAUCCUAAUUCCCAUUUAAACAAGAUCCAUCCAUUGAAGGAGUGCCUAGGCCAUACUCUCUCUCUCUCUCCUUCCUUCUGGGCCAUGUGCAUCGCUUUUGGGGUCACGAAAUGUGAGAUGUUCCUAUUAUAAGGAAGAGACCAUCACGACUAAGAUGCGAUGACCUCAGAAAAGGAAAGUUUUGAUCUUUCAGGACCCUUACACCUAACUUGUGUUGACUGGAGCAAUGUGGAUCACCGAAGGUCUGUUGCUGCUUGCUUGGUACAGGGUGUCUACAUCUUAGAGCGAGACCGCCAGGAAAAUAGACAUGGCCCCCAAGCUCUUGCUUCUCGUUGGUGGGAGUUCUUUGGUUUCCGAUUGCACACUCAGCUCAUUGAUGAUGCUGACCACUCCAUCUUUGGCGCCAUCUAUGAACUCAUGCCACCAUCCUACUCCAAGCACUUAACAAUAAAAGGAACUCCGCGUUACAUAAUUGCCUUCCGAGGCACCCUAACCAAGGGAGAUGCAUUUUUAAGGGAUUUCCAACUGGACCUCCACAUCAUCAAAAAUGGGCUCCACCAGACAUCCCGUUUUGAGAUUGCCAUGCAAUCCGUUCGGAAUGCAGUUGCUGCAUUCGGAAAUUCGAACAUAUGGUUAUCUGGCCAUUCAAUGGGGGCAGCCAUGGCAAUGCUCGCCGGAAAGACCAUGGCGAAAACAGGCGUUUUUCUUGAAGCUUUUCUCUUUAAUCCGCCUUUCUUUUCUGCACCUAUUGAGAGAAUUAAAGACAAGAAUGUGAGGCAUGGGAUCCGAAUUGCGAGCAGUUUUCUAGCCGCAGGGCUCACCGUUGCUCUGAAGGCUCGUCGCGGCCACCACCAGAAGAGGGAAGAUCCUUUUGUGGCCUUGUCGGAAUGGGUCCCACGUCUGUAUGUGCAUCCGGGUGAUCACAUUUGCUCGGAGUAUAUAGGGUAUUUCGAUCACAGGAAGAAGAUGGAGGAUAUAGGAGCCGGGGGUAUCGAGAGGUUGGCCACCCAGAAUUCGCUUGGGGGUCUCGUGAUGAGUGCAAUGGGGAAGGAGAGUGAAGAACCGUUGCACCUUAUUCCCUCAGCUCAUUUAAUUGUUAAUUUAAUUCCCGCGGAAGAUUUCAAACAAGCUCAUGGAAUUCACCAGUGGUGGAGACCCGAUCUGCAGUUGCAGUCCAAGGUGUACAAUUACAGUUUGGCCAACCCUUUGGAGUAGCAAUUUGUGGGCACGUUUUAUGUCAAUUCACUUUCAACUUCUAGCAAGGGUGGAUUUAACCAUGUUUCUGGAUUUAUGAGAGCUACUUAUUUCGUCCCAUUUUAUUUGCUUACUGUAUUAUUUUGGGAUGUAACAAAGUGUUUUUUUUUCCUUGAAAAAGUAAAAAGAGUUUGUAGAUUUCAUGAACUAAUCCUCGUAAAUGACUAAAAACAGUUGUUAAAGUAGAGAAAAAUCUCAUCAAAAUUUCUAUGGAGACAUACAUUAAUUG